AUGGAUAAGCGAGACAUUCAAAUGCUGAUUUAUCAGUCAACCGGCAAGAGUGCCUCCGACUCGGCCAGCCCCAAAUCCUCAAAGACAGAAACUAAAAAGCGUGGCUCAAAUGUGCUCAACCGCACUGCCAGUCGCAAGGGAAGUGAGCCACCACACAAGACCAAUAAGAAUGAGGGGCGCUCGUCCUCCGUUGGCGGCUGCCUUGAUAUGCAAGAGCCCCGUGACAGUGGUCUCGGCAUGCAGCGUGCACACACCCUCAACAUGGACCCCGCCUAUAUGGCUCGUCGCUCACAAAAUUGGUCCGUGAGCUCAACCGAUAGUGUAAUUCACCACUCGGCACAAUCGUCAUACGCCUCGCUCGAACUGCCCAACUCAACCGACCCAUUGCCCUCGGGCCAGGUCACACAGCCCAACAGCCGCGUGGUUGAGGUGGAUACCUCCCCCUUUAGCGGUGUAUCUCUGCCCCACGGCUGGGAAAUGGCCUUGACGCCCGAUGGACUUCCUUAUUUUAUCGACCAUGUUAACAAGCGCACAUCCUGGGAAGAUCCCCGAAGCCAAGCUUUCAUGGACAUUGAGGCCAAACGCGCCGAAAUUGAGCUACGCAAGCUCCAGCUGCGACGUGAGCAGUUGGAGAUUGAACGAGAAAUGCUUGAGCAACAGUCCCGACUGGUAGAACAGGAAGCUGCGCGCUAUUCCAACCCAACAACGUCGACCUCCACGACCCCUACCCAAUCUCACAUGUCGGAACUCCUUGGAGGUGUUGAAGCCACCGAGUCACUCCAAUCAGCGGAGCUGGUGCCCCCGACUAAACCCUCUACGCCCUCAAAGGCCGAGCCCAGCUCGGCCUCCACGCCCCAGCCUCGGGAUCAGGCUCACCAUGCUCAUGAGAUGCCGCAGAUUGAUGUUUUUGCUGAUCUCGGUCGCCUGGAAGGCGCUCCAGACCUGACUGGCUUUGACCCUAGCCUGGCUGAGCAUUUGGGUGAGCCUUCCAAGGAUUCGAGCUAUGCCAGCUACGCUAGCUGGACAGGGCUCGAUAGCGAGGCGCUUCUGGGUCUCGAGAACAUGGACUCGCUCGAUACUUACUUGCAACUCGGCUGA